GCUUCUCCCACUUCCCCUUCAACGAGCAGGCAGCAUGGAACCUUUGGCCUCUUAAGUGUCAGGCCUGAAUUCUGAUCUCUUCCUCUCUCCAGGCCUCGGCUCCCCCACCCUGGCAGCCAGCAGCUGAGCCCCUGGAGCCGAUAGACCCCACCUGAGAUGUCUUCUUUUGCUUGCCGGAGCCUCCCUGUAACCCUUCUUACCCUUCUCUGCUGCUCAGGGUCUGGUGAGCAGGCAUUCGAGGUCCACGUAUCGUCCGAGAAGCAGAUAGUAGAAGUCGCAGGCUCUUUGAAAGUCAACUGCAGCACGAGCUGUGAGAAUCCGCAAGUGGGUGGCCUGGAGACCACCCUGAGUAAGAAAGUGUUGGAAGAGCACCCUCAAGGGAAGUGGAAACAGUUCUUAGUCUUAAACGUCUCCCAAGACACGCGCCUCCUCUGCCACUUCACCUGUGCGGAGAAACAGCAUUCAGAGCAUCUCAACGUCAGAGUAUACAAGCCUCCGACUCAGGUCACACUGAAGCUGCAGCCCUCGCAGGUGUCUGUGGGAGGAGCCUUCACCGUUGAGUGUACGGCAGAAGCUGUGAAACCCCUUGAGAGCCUCACCCUCAGCCUGCUCCAUAACGGAGAGAUCCUGCAGAACCAGACCUUUGGGGGAGCUGAAAGUAACGCCACAGCCAUAUUCAACAGGACAGCUCGAACAAACGAUUGCCUCAACCUCUCCUGCCAGGCUGAGCUGGACCUGCGGCCCCAUGGUGGGCACAUCAUCCGCAAUACCUCAAAGUGCCAGAUCCUCAAAGUCAUCGAGCCUCCGACUGUUUGGCUGAUCAUCAUCAUAGUGAUGUCAACACUGUUAUUUGUGACAUCUGUCCUACUCUGCUUUAUCCUCGGCCAUCACUGGAACAGGAAGCGGACGGGCACCUAUGGGGUGCUGGCUGCCUGGAUGAGACUACCCCGAGCCUUUCGGCAACGACCUGGGUGAGCCGAUGUUCCCAGGCCUCUGGUGGCUGCUGGAACUCAACAUGGCGCCUUCAUGUAUGGUCCAGCACUGACUGAAGGACUCUGGCAAUGGCACAAGACACUGGGGACAUUUCCCUUUUUUUAACCUCAAUACAAAUACCUGGAUUUCA